CUCUCAACUCUAUAGUCUGUGAGUGUGACCAACACCAAAGCCACCUGUUUCUCCCCCUUCACAAACAGCCCCCACCAACAACAUCACCAUUCACCAGCAGCAACAACAAUUACAAUUACAUUAACCACAUUUAAUUAAAACCCCCCCUUUUUUAUUUUUUAUUUUUAAUUUCUAACAUUUUUCUUCCUCCAAAAACCCUAGAAUCUUUUCUUCACUCUCCCCCUCCUUUUUCUCUCUAACUUAAAAUUCCUUUUUUUCUGAUCAUCAUCAUCAUCAACAUCAUCAACCAUCUUCUCCUUAAAAUGGCUCAUUGUCUCUUUUUAUUGUAAUCUAAUUCCUUUGAUUUUUCAAGAAUAAAAUAGAGGAAAAAAGGAAUCCAACCUCCUCUAUCUCUAACACAAUUUUUUUUUUUUCGGGGGUGUAAUUUUUUGUUGUUGUUGAAUUUGUAAUUUCUUCAAUACCCUUUUCGAAUUAUCAUCUAAUUUUAUCUGGGGUUUUGUUAAUUUGCAAUUUUAAUGGCUGCUGUUGCACAAAAUGUUGUGAAUUCUGAUGAUCAGUUCACUAAAAAUUGCAACUCACCUACCCAGAACUCUGAGACUGACACUAAUAAGAGUUCUUCUGAUUCGAAAUCCGAAUUUCAGAAGAAUAUUAACGAGCUUGCCGACAUUUUAUCAAAGUUGAAUCCUUUGGCUGAGGAAUUUAUCCCCUCUUCUUUUCGUCUGAAGAAUGAUCAGUCGGUUCAGAACAAUUUUUCGAAGAUUUCGGGCAAUGAUAAUUUCCCGAAUAAUCGCAGGAGGAGGAAUAACUUUAACCAAGGUAGGAGACGGAUGAAUGGAAGAUCAUUCCGGGCUCAACGAGAAGAAAGUAUUAGGCGCACAGUAUAUGUAUCUGACAUUGACCAGCAUGUCACUGAGGAGCGAUUAGCUGCAUUGUUUAGUAGUUGUGGACAGCAGGUUGUUGACUGCCGAAUUUGCGGUGACCCGCAUUCGGUUCUUCGUUUUGCUUUUGUAGAGUUUGCUGAUGAGCAUGGUGCUAGAGCUGCUUUAAGUCUAGGUGGAACAAUGCUGGGAUUCUAUCCUGUCAGGGUCUUGCCUUCAAAAACUGCUAUACUCCCUGUGAAUCCUACAUUUCUUCCUAGGUCUGAAGAUGAGAGAGAAAUGUGUGCGAGAACCGUCUAUUGUACAAAUAUUGAUAAAAAGGUUUCUCAGUUGGAUGUGAAGAAUUACUUUGAAAGUGCUUGUGGUGAGGUUUCCCGUUUGAGGCUUUUGGGGGACAAUGUGCAUUCGACUCGUAUUGCUUUUGUCGAAUUCACAAUCGCUGAAAGUGCUAUCAUGGCCUUGAACUGUAGUGGGAUGGUUUUAGGUACUCAGCCCAUCAGGGUGAGUCCUUCAAAGACACCAGUGAGGCCACGACUAGCUCGACCAGGACCAAACUGAGUUGGUAUCGAAAUCCACGAUUCGUGGAUUGAGGCGUAUAUGUAGUAAAAUGCAAUCAGGAAAAGACCACCUUGGUUGAAGGGAUGGUGAAACAACUUUAAAGAAUUUCCCUUCUUUGUUCCUUUAACAAUAGUCAUCCUGCUUCCCAUGAGGUUCAAACAUACAUACAUAUAGGACCCUUCUUUGCUUCAAUUGAAGUUUUUACAGGACCCUCUCUAGACUCUUUAAUAGUAUUUUAUUGCUUUUCUUAACCCAUAUUUAUAUGUGGUUCUUGGCAAUAUCUUGUUGAAA